ACAACGACGACUACGUCGACGACGACGAUGCCGACGACAACAACGACGACUACGACGACUACGACGACGACGAUGCCGACGACGACGAUGACGACAGUGUCGCCGCCAUUAAAGCGCAUCCUGUUCUGGAACAAGUUCUCGAAGUACGAAGCGUUUAACUUCGGCGUCGGCACGGAGCCGUUCUCGCGCUUCCGCUGUCGCGUGCGCGCCUGCGAAACGGUCGUCGACCGCUCGCUCGUCGCCAGCAGCGACGCCGUCGUCGUCAACAUGGACGCCGUCGCCGACAACGCGUCGUCGUUGGCGCGCGUGCGCAGCAGCGCCGCCCAGCGGUGGGUGUUCUUCGCGUUGGAGUCGCCGGCGAGUCACGACGUUACGAAGCUGCGAGAAUUCAACGGAUUCUUCAAUCUGACGAUGACGUACCAUCAAGACUCGGACGUCGUCCGCUGGUACGGCAACAUCUUCACGCGCAAACCGAAACCGGGAACGAACCACGCCUCAGGCAAGACGAAACUCGUCGCCUGGAUGGUGAGUCACUGCCGCACCGACAACCGACGCGAGGAGUACGUCGCCGAGCUGCAGCGACACGUCGCCGUCGACGUGUACGGCCGCUGCGGGCCGCUGACGUGCGCGCGCACCGACGACUGCAUGGCGAAGCUCGCGCGCGACUACAAGUUCUACGUCAGUUUCGAGAACGCCGACUGCAGAGAUUACGUGACGGAAAAGUUUUACAAGGCGGCGAACGCCGACGUCGUGCCGAUCGUGAUGGGAGGCGCGAACUACUCGCUGUACGCGCCGCAAGGUUCUUACGUCGACGUGCGCGACUACGCGUCGCCGCGCCAUCUGGCGGCGGAGUUGCGCGCGAUCGACGCCGACGACGCGCGCUACAACGCGUUCUUUCGAUGGAAGGGCGUGCACCGCGUCGCGCAUCCGAACGCCUUUUGCGAUCUGUGCGCGCUGCUGAACAAACCGGCCGUCGAGGACGACGACGCCGCGAGGCGACAGCACCGGUCGUACGCGCGCAUUGACGAAUUCUGGGGAGAGACGCAGAAUUGCAAGUCGGACACCGGCUGGUGGCGCCCCAAGCAGUGACCAGUGACGUCACACGGCGACGAUGACACGGGCUGUGAUGACGCGUGAUGACAUAGCGGAACUGCGGUGUUCGGCUGUAGUUGUCUGCGACGCGUGUUUCUGCCGUCGCGCUCUCGGUCGUGGGGGUAGGAUUGCCGACGAGAAUACUACUCGCUAAGUACGUACUGAUCUGAA